UGUCGUCAUGCUGCAUGAAACGGUCCGGUAGCCUAGCUGGAAUCUGGUGAUUUUGAUGUACGAGGUCAGACGCUCCUGACAAUGAAGAAUCUGCUGACCAUCGUAAUCGCCACAGGGCUGGCCGCUGUAGUCAGAGGUAACCCCGUCGCUGACCUGUGUCCCGGACACUUAGAGUGUGGCAUGAUGACACAUGCGAACUACACAGCAGCUGCAAAAGAUGCCACGAAGGAGUGCAGGGCGCUGUAUUUCGGGUUGGACUGUUUGGAUCGGGUGAGGUUGAACUGUUCAACCACCCAGGCGUUCGGAUUGUACGAGGCCAUCAAAUUUGCAAGACUGCAACUUAACAAACUCAACUGCUCAUAUGCUUUUCCUGACGGAAACGGGACGACGGUAACAUCGGGGGUGGGGUCUGUCACUCCUGGUUCAACUGGAGGGUUCCUCCGUCAACAGGGAGUACUCUUACUGCCCCGGGGACAGCUAUGACAACAUCGACCACUCCGAACCGUGGUGCUGGCCGUUCUUGUCAGACGUCACUCGGCUUGACAAUCCUGCUCAUUUUAGGAAUGUUAUCAUUUUUCUGAAUAACUAAGGGGCAUCAAAGGGUCCUUUUUUGGCUUAAAAAACUAAAAGUACAUUAUGUCAGGGAAAACCUUUUUAAACGUUUUUUAAAUGUUUCGCAGUUGUUUGUUUAAAUAGAUAAUAUUUGCCUUGGAAUAGACGUUGUAUGUUGGAGACAGUUCUGAGAAUGAUGAUGACGCCAGAACCAUAGGGGGACAUUUCACGUGAUAUCUUCUCCACAUUUGUUACCCGAAUGUAACAGCGUGUGGUAGGGUCUCAUGUUGAAAUGAAUUAAAAGUGUGAAAUUGAAAAGAAAAUGCUAAAUGUCCGUCAAGAACCAAAACAAUGAUUUUAAGUACAUGUUUUUCGACAUUGCUUUCCAAAAAUGAGAUUCUUAUGAGCCAAAGGCACCGUUAUCCUACAUUGUGAAUUAAAAUGAGAAGAAAUCUUCAACUUUGGAAAUUUCAGUUUCAACGCUAGACAGGACUUCUAGUCUCAUAACUGAGCUAGCAAAUAUCAUUACAUAUGAAAGUCUUUUUCUUUGAAUGGCAUUUUAGAAGUUGGGAAAGUGCAAUAAUGACAUAUUUUAUGGAUAACAUUCCAAAUUGACAAUGGUACUAGCAUCAGCGUCGCAAAUAUAAGAAGUUGUUAUCCAUAAACUUGGUCAUUAUAUGAAAAAUUCGUGUUAUAGUAAACGUUUGUCACAUAGACUAGUUUCUCGGUACAUAUGAAAAUUCAACUGAACGAAAUGUAUACACUAUUUUCACCAUUCAGUUU